AGAAGGGAAAAGGACUGGAAGAGCUUGAGCGGCGGCGGGGAGAGGGCGAGCAAGAGCCUGGGUGUUUGCGCGAGAGCCGGGCGGGGACUGCCGCGAGGGGCCGGCAUGGCUGAAGGCUGCGAUCGGCAACCUUGAAAAGCGGCUGCGGCGCGAGGCGGAGGAGAGGGAGGCGGGUGCGAUGGCAGAGCGCGGCCCCCGCGCUGCGCCGGGCCGGGCCGGCUAGCCUGAGCUGCCGGAGGAGCGGGGCUGCCUCUGCGCUUCCAUGGGGCAGCGGCAAAGGCGAAACUCCGGAGCGCCGCGUCCCUGCGCUGCUGCCGCCGCGAACUGUUGAAGGAACCGAGCCCGAGCGGAGCGCCGAGGGAGAAGGGCCCCCGCCCCAGCCCGCAGACCAGCCACCCGCGGCAGCGGGAGGCGUCGGAGGGCACAGGAGCGCGCGGAGCGAGCGACGCCGCGGGAGAGGCCGGCGCGGGAGGCGGCCGCAGCAAUGCCGGGCCCGCUGGGGCUGCUCUGCUUCCUCGCCCUAGGGCUGCGCGGCUUGGCUGGGCCCAGCGGCGCGGCGCCACCUCUCUGCGCGGCGCCCUGCAUCUGCGACGGCGACCGUCGGGUGGACUGCUCCGGAAGGGGGCUGACGAGCGUGCCCGAGGGGCUCAGUGCCUUCACCCAAGCGCUGGACAUCAGUAUGAACAACAUUACUCAAUUGCCAGAAGAUGCAUUUAAGAAUUUUCCUUUUCUGGAAGAGCUACGAUUGGCUGGCAACGACCUUUCUUUUAUCCACCCAAAAGCCUUGUCUGGGUUGAAAGAACUCAAAGUUCUAACAGUCCAAAACAAUCAGUUGAAAACAGUACCCAGUGAAGCCAUUCGAGGACUGAGUGCUUUGCAGUCUUUGCGCUUAGAUGCCAACCAUAUUACCUUAGUCCCCGAGGACAGCUUUGAGGGGCUUGUUCAGUUGCGGCAUCUGUGGCUAGAUGACAACAGCUUGACGGAGGUGCCUGUCCAUCCCCUCAGCAAUCUUCCAACUCUUCAGGCAUUGACCUUGGCACUCAACAAAAUCUCAAGCAUCCCUGAUUUUGCUUUUACCAACCUUUCAAGUCUGGUGGUUCUGCAUCUUCAUAACAAUAAAAUUAAAAGCCUGGGUCAACACUGUUUUGAUGGACUAGAUAACCUGGAGACCUUGGACUUGAAUUAUAAUAACUUGGGGGAAUUUCCUCAGGCAAUUAAAGCCCUUCCUAGCCUAAAAGAGCUGGGAUUUCAUAGUAAUUCUAUUUCUAUUAUACCUGAUGGAGCAUUUGGUGGUAAUCCACUCUUAAGAACUAUACAUUUGUAUGAUAAUCCUCUAUCUUUUGUGGGGAACUCAGCAUUUUACAAUUUAUCUGAUCUGCAUUCCAUAGUCAUUCGGGGUGCAAGCAUGGUACAGUGGUUCCCCAAUCUGACCGGAACUGCACAUCUGGAGAGUCUGACCCUGACAGGUACUAAGAUAAGCAGCAUACCCAAUAAUUUGUGCCAAGAACAAAAGAUGCUUAGAACUUUGGACUUGUCUUACAACAAUAUAAAAGACCUUCCGAGUUUUAAUGGAUGCCACGCUCUGGAAGAAAUUUCUUUGCAACGUAAUCAGAUCCGUCAAAUAAAGGAAGGUACUUUUCAAGGCCUGAUUUUCCUAAGGAUUCUAGAUCUGAGUAGAAACCUGAUCCAUGAAAUUCACAGCGGAGCUUUUGCCAAACUUGGGUCGAUAACUAACCUAGACCUAAGUUUCAAUGAAUUAACUUCAUUUCCUACGGAAGGCCUGAAUGGGCUCAAUCAGCUGAAGCUUGCAGGCAACUUUAAACUGAAAGAAGCUUUAGCAGCAAAAGACUUUGUGAAUCUCAGGUCUUUAUCUGUACCAUAUGCUUAUCAGUGCUGUGCAUUUUGGGGUUGUGACUCUUAUGCAAAUUCAAACACAGAAGAUAGCAGCCUCCAAGACCACAGUGUGGCAAAGGAUAAAGGUACCGCUGAUGCAGCAGUUGUCACAAGCAGUGCUGAAAAUGAAGAACAUAGUCAAAUAAUUAUCCACUGUACACCAUCAACAGGUGCUUUUAAGCCCUGUGAAUAUUUACUUGGAAGCUGGAUGAUUCGUCUUACUGUGUGGUUCAUUUUCUUGGUUGCAUUGUUUUUUAACCUGCUUGUCAUUUUAACAACAUUUGCAUCUUGUACAUCACUGCCUUCCUCCAAAUUGUUCAUAGGCCUGAUUUCUGUGUCUAACUUAUUCAUGGGAGUCUAUACCGGCAUCUUGACUUUUCUGGAUGCUGUGUCCUGGGGCAGAUUUGCUGACUUUGGCAUUUGGUGGGAGACUGGCAGUGGCUGCAAAGUAGCUGGGUUUCUUGCAGUUUUCUCCUCAGAAAGUGCCAUAUUUUUAUUAACAUUAGCGGCCAUUGAAAGGAGCUUAUCGGUAAUGAAAAAUGGGAAAAGCAGUCCCCUCAAACAAUUCCGGGGUGCUGCUUUUUUUGCUUUCCUGAGUGCUGCAGUAGCAGGCUGUUUCCCCCUUUUCCAUAGAGGGGAAUAUUCUGCAUCGCCCCUGUGUUUGCCAUUUCCCACAGGGGAAACACCAUCCUUGGGAUUUACUGUUACCUUAGUGCUUUUAAAUUCCCUAGCAUUUUUAUUAAUGGCCAUUAUCUACACUAAACUUUACUGCAACUUGGAAAAAGAGGACCUGUCAGAGAACUCACAGUCUAGCAUGAUUAAGCAUGUUGCUUGGUUAAUAUUCACCAAUUGCAUCUUUUUCUGCCCCGUUGCAUUUUUCUCAUUUGCGCCAUUGAUCACUGCAAUCUCUAUCAGCCCUGAAAUAAUGAAGUCUGUUACUCUGAUAUUUUUCCCGUUGCCUGCUUGCCUGAAUCCAGUCCUGUAUGUUUUCUUCAACCCAAAGUUUAAAGAAGACUGGAAGUUACUGAGGCGACGUAUUACCAAGAAAAGUGGAUCGGUUUCCGUUUCCAUCAGUCGCCAAGGUGGCUGUGUGGAACAGGAUUUCUACUAUGACUGUGGCAUGUACUCACAUUUGCAGGGGAACUUGACUGUGUGUGACUGCUGCGAAUCGUUUCUUUUGACAAAGCCAAUAUCAUGCAAACACUUAAUAAAAUCUCACAGCUGUCCUGCAUUGGCAGUGGCUUCUUGUCAAAGAGCAGAUGGCUAUUGGUCCGACUGUGGCACGCAGUCUGCCCACUCUGAUUAUGCAGAUGAGGAAGAUUCUUUUGUCUCGGACAGUUCUGACCAGGUGCAGGCCUGUGGACGAGCCUGCUUCUAUCAGAGUCGAGGAUUCCCUUUGGUGCGCUACGCUUACAAUCUACCUAGAGUUAAAGACUGAAUUAAUGUGUCUGUAAACUGUUUCCCCCACCAACAAAAAUCACAGUGUUUAUAGAGUCAGCCUUAUUCUGAUCUUUCAUGUGGAAAGCACUUCUGUAAUCACUGCCUGGGGUCACUUAGAAGAAGGGGAAGGUGGUAGUAUACGUCUCAAACCAUACAUUUUCAAAGAACAGGUGCCUAAGUUAUAAAUUGGUUAAAAAACAAAAACAUCCAAGCAAUGUGUGGUUUAUUUGAAACAAAUUUUUAACUUGAAAAGGAUUUUAGGUAGAGUAGCAAUAUAAUGUUAGUGUUCUCUGAUCCAUAAGCAAAUUUAUACCUAAUUCUGAAUUAAGCACAAAAUAAAAGAACAGCUGUUAAUAUUUUUUUUAAUUAUUUUGAAAUGUGAUUUUUAUAUACCUGAAGAAAAAAAUCUUGCUAAUUUUAACGUUUUUUAGUAUAUUAUCACUAACUAAUGUUUUUUAGUGUAUUAAUCUCAGGACAACUUACUGCAGGGCCAAAAAAGGGAUUGUCUCCCAGGUAGAACUGUGAGAGUAUACAUAGGCAUUACUUUAUUGUGUUUUCUGUUUCCAUCUUUGACGUGAUAGAAUCAUAAAUUUUGCUUAAGUGAUUUAUAAAUCUAAAACCUUAAGGUGUUUUUAAAACAAUAUUAACAGCUGUUAGAUAAAAACAGUAAAAUAGCUGAACAUUUGUUUUCAGUCAUUAAACAUUGCUUUGGUGCAAUCACAGUAAUUUUUUUCCUCAGUGUUUGUGAUCAUACUACUAGGAAAAAGUAAAGGGCUAAUUGCCACGUGGGUUUUGUAGAUUUGGCUAAACUGCCAACUAAUAUGGGGUUUUUAAUAGGAUCUGAAGGAUCUGAUGGCUCCGUGUAAUGUUCCCAUUAAUAAAUACCACCUAAUAUCAUUGGAAGAAUUUUCCAGUUCUGUUGGUAUGGUAUCUAUUUAUAGCUUGAAUUAAAUAGAAAGUAGACUGUAGUAAAUAAUUGCAUUUAAUUGGAAACCAUUGGGAGUAAUAAUGAAAGCAUUUACACUUAUUUCUUAGUUGGGUUUUUCUGAACCUGUGCUAUUACAUGGAAGCUUCCAUACAUUUUCCCCUUACUGUGAUUACAAAAGAGCCUAUUCAACAGCUCAGAUGCUGAGCUUUGGUAAGAUAAGACAAAUAUAUCAUUAAGAAAAACAAAAAAAUAGAAAUAAAGCUUAGUCCUAUGUUUUUUUAAAAAAUAAAAUUGUACUUGAUUCUCAUGUAUGGACUUUCGGCAUGUCACUAUGGAGUCUUAAAGUUAUAAAUGUGUUCAGUAUGUUUUUUGAACAAUAUGCUAAAUCCAUAGCAAACCCACUGCCAUAUUAGUUAUUCUGGAUAUACUAAAAAACGUUAAGCUAGAUUGCAGCUUAAUAAUUAAACUGUAUAUACUGUGCAUAUAAUGAAUUUUUAUCUUAUGUAAAUUAUUUUUAGAACACAAGUUGGGAAAUGUGGCUUCUGUUUAUUUUGUUUAAUUAAAGCUACCUCCUAAGCAAUAGUGGCUGCCAGUAGCAGAAUGUUAAAUUGUGGUUUAUAUACUUUUUUUGCAUUGUAAAUAGUCUUGGUUGUACAUUGUCAGUGUAAUAAAAACAGAAUCUUUGUAUAUCAAAAUCAUGUAGUUUGUACAAAAUAUGGGAGGGAGUUAUUUACAGUGUGUUGUAAUUUUGUAAGGCCAACUAUUCACAGGUUUUAAACAUUGCUAUCAUGUUUGUAUAUUUACACAUCUGACAAAUAUUAAAUCAUCACUUGGUAAAAAUAUCGUAGGAAAAAGUUGGUUUUUUUUCCUGUUUUUUCAAAAUUCAAAUUACUAAAAACUCUUUACUUCAUUCAUUUAAAAACUAGAAUAGCAGAUAUAUAAAAUAUUUGGUAAACUGCUAUAAAUAUGGUAUGAAAUGUAAUACUGUACUCAGUGUUCGAAAUUAUCAAAGUUUCUAGUAAGCAAUCUGUUUUGCCUUAAUUUAAAACUAGGUACAAUAAUGAAUUUAUUUAGUGCUAAAGUAAUAAAAUUAAAGUAGAAUUACUAAUAAUUUUCAUAAUAAAGUAAAAAGUAUUC